AUGGAAACCAGCGAAACAUACGCUAUCAUAGACAUAAACAUCAAUGAUAAGGACCUAAAUAUUAUCAAUACCGAUCACGAGAAUAACAAGGACGAAAAUCAGAAGAAAAUUUCACCAUUGACCACCGUGAUUAAAAUUCAAAGAGAUCGUGGCGAGCGUGACUACAUCGGCUUCGCAACUCUCCCCGAGCAAGUUCACCGUAAGUCUGUGAAAAGAGGGUUUGAUUUCACGCUUAUGGUAGUUGGAGAGUCCGGCCUCGGCAAGUCAACUCUGAUCAACAGUCUUUUUUUAGGGGAUCUGUACAAAAACAGAAAAUUACCAGACGUACAAGAUAGAAUAGAAAAGACUACAACGAUCGAAAAGAAAACAAUGGAAAUAGAAGAACGCGGCGUUAAGUUACGGCUAACUAUAGUAGACACGCCGGGCUUUGGUGACGCGAUCAAUUGCGAAGAUUCGUGGAGAGUCUGCUCAGCAUACGUCGACGAGCAGUUCCGACAGUACUUCACCGACGAGAGUGGACUCAACCGCAGACAUAUGCAAGACAAUCGAGUGCACUGCUGUCUCUACUUCGUCCCUCCCUGGGCUCAUAGUUUAAGACAAGUGGACUUAGAGAUGAUGAGGCGACUGCACAGGAAGGUGAACAUCGUAGUCGUGAUAGCUAAAGCAGAUUCGCUUACAGUCCUCGAAGUAAGGCGACUUAAAGCACGCAUACUUAACGACUUAGAAGAGCAUCAAAUACAAGUAUACCAGUUUCCGGAGUGUGACAGCGAUGAAGACGAAGAAUUCAAACAACAGGAUCGGGAGUUAAAGGCUGCUGUGCCAUUCGCAGUAGUAGCAGCCGACACUGUACUGGAGGUGGGCGGCAGACGUGUCCGCGGCCGCCAGUACCCCUGGGGAAUCGUUGACGUGGAAAACCCAAGGCAUUCCGACUUUACAAAAUUACGAACUAUGCUGAUUUCGACACACAUGCAGGACUUAAAGGACGUAACGCAAGACGUUCACUACGAAAACUUUAGAGCACAGUGCAUCUCACAGAUAUCUCAACAUGCUAUGCGGGAGAGAGGAAAACUGAAAAGGGAUUCAAUGGGCAACAACAAUGACGUAGUGAUAACGGACACCGAUCGUUUAUUAUUACAAAAAGAUGAAGAGAUUCGUCGCAUGCAAGACAUGUUAACACAAAUGCAAGAGAAACUCAAAGCUUCCGAUAAAAAGCACGACAGUAUUAUAGAUGUAUAA